GAGUUGGUGGGGUUUCGUCCGAAGGAUCGCACUGCAGUCGUGUGUCACGGCUUCGACGCGCGCCCGUGACCACGCCGCGCUCCGUCAACGAUCACCUUACGUAAUAAUUACUAAUCGCAUCGGGACCGCUCAUCCGAUAAUCGAUUGUGGAUAGUGAACUCUUAUAUUGUGCACCACUUUUUAUAAUUAUUCUAAUUUACCAAUAAUUAAUGUGAACUUGUUUUGUGUACUUUGUGUCAUGUUUUUGUUUUGUUUUCGCGUGGACUCGAUUAUUUUUGGGCGUAGCUGACGUGUGUAUGAUUUUGUAACAUUUAUGUUACUUUGACACUUUGUGAGUGAAUUACGAACGAAUAUCGCGUGGACUUUAUGAGGUUUCAGUGAAUCUGACUUGUAAAGUUAUCUAUAUAGAUAUCUAAUAAAAAAUAGUGUUUUUGUACAGCAGUUCUCUGAAAACAAACAGGGCGAAAGAAACACUAAAGACUGGCACGCGACGAAAAGAACAAUUCGAAAUUCGAACUCGAUGUUUUGAAUCCGAAUUUGGAUUUAGAAUGUGGUGCGUACGGCGCGUGGUGCGAAGUUAACGUUGACAUUGACGUUUGAGAUAUUGACGGAUUUUGACAUGAGUCGGUGAGAAACCCGAAUGCACCCAACGGGCGCAGCUAGUCUGCCCGCCGCUCCAGAGGCGGAGGUGCAAGCUAUGCACUCAAUGGACUGGCUCUUCAAGAAAGAGAGGAUAUAUCUACUCGCGCAGUUCUGGCAACAGGUAAAUUAAGCAAGCUGCCAAGGAGCAAAUUAAAAUUGAGUACGUUAACAAGAACAGAAGAUGUGGUGUCUUUUUGAGAGAGCCACACUGGCCGAAAAAGAAGUAACUACCCUCAAAGAGCAACUGGCAACCACAAGCCCUACACCCUUGCAAGCGACCGUGCCUCCUAAAACCAAUGGCUCCCACAUAGACCAAACUCGAGAUCAAGCCACAGAGACACGAAUACCCGAUUUAUUCAGUCCUGAUAUCAAAGAAGAGAAGAGACUGGAGAUUGAUGAGGAAGUAGAGAAGAUGGAGAUGGCUGCGACGGGGAGGGGCAGUGAUAGCACGAGAAGCAGCCCAGUGGGACAGGCCAACCCUUUGGAGAAUGAGCUCGCUGCGAAGGAGAAAGAGAUCGCCCAACUGGUAGACGAGGUGCGUCGGCUGCAAGCGUCGCUGAACGCGCUGCAAGAGGCGCACGCGCAGAAACUGCAGCGGCUCGAGGAAAGACUAGACGAGAAGAAGAAGCACAUAGCGAGACUUGAAGCGAGGCUCGACAACCAGAGGGAUUACGAUGACAUCAAGAGAGAAAUCAGCAUGCUCAGGUCCCUAGACCUGGGUUCCGGCGAGAGAUCCCUCGAGCGCAAACCUGAGCCCCUCCGCUCGCCUCCUGCGCCUGCGCAAGAGAGAAGAUCCACGGAGCGAGAGCAGAGCGCCGAGCGCAGAGAUACAGGUCCUGAAGAGUGGCCGAGCACGCCGCCUCCGCUCAACAACAACACGACCCAUCACAACAACAACGGACCCACGCCGCUGCCGCUGCCGCCCCCGAGCCCCUUCAGGUUCGAGGAGCAUCGCCCCUACCGCUUCGCAGAGGACAUGGGUCCGCUGCCGCCUGGCGCUCUAGUAGGACGACUCGGAGACUCCUUGAUCCCAAAAGGAGAUCCAAUGGAAGCGAGGCUCCAAGAAAUGCUCAGAUACAAUAUGGACAAAUAUGCGAACACGAAUUUGGACACGCUGCAUAUAAGCCGAAGAGUGCGGGAACUGUUGUCAGUCCACAAUAUUGGGCAGAGGCUAUUCGCGAAGUACGUCCUUGGGUUGUCUCAAGGGACGGUCUCGGAGCUGCUGUCGAAGCCGAAGCCCUGGGACAAGCUGACGGAGAAGGGCAGGGACUCGUACAGGAAGAUGCACGCGUGGGCGUGCGACGAGGCCGCCGUGAUGCUCCUCAAGUCGCUCAUUCCAAAGAAAGUCGGUACAAAAGACGGCACGUUGGGCCCAGGAUUCGGGCGGCCCGAUAGCGAGGGCGACGAGCGACUGGCCCACAUUCUGAACGAGGCGUCACAUCUCAUGAAGCCUUCGCAACCAAAUAAUGAUGACUCGAGGAGCAAUGAAGAUUCCAGUUCACCUAGAACACAGUGCCCGUCUCCAUAUUCUAAGGACUCGAGCCAGAACAGAAGACUGAAGAAGUACGAGAAUGACGACAUUCCUCAGGAGAAGGUGGUUCGGAUCUACCAGGAGGAGCUCGCGAAGAUCAUGACCAGGCGGGUGGAGGAUAUGCGGCACAGUCGCGACGGCUUCCCUGGCAUGUUCCCCCCUUUUUUCAGCGGCGGUAUGCCCCCGCACAUGGAGCGGCCGCCCGAGGACAUCCGCAUGGCACUGGAGGCCUACCACCGCGAGCUGGCCAAGAUCCAGCCCGGCGGCAACCUCCCCAACCUGCAACACCUCCCCGGGAUGCCGCCCUUCCCCAACCUCCUCGCGCUGCAGCAGCAAGCCAUGCAGCAAGCGCAGAACCAACACAUGAACGGCUCCGGCGCCGUCCAGGAUCUCUCUCUGCCUAAAGACAAAAACGCCAAAAUGAAUGGAAUGACUGAUAGUGAUAAGGAUAGGCCAAUAGACGCGGAAGAGGCUAUAAGGCACGCGGGCAGUGCGUUUUCAUUAGUCAGGCCGAAGUUGGAACCGGGGCAGCAGUCGACUGGAUCCUCAGCAUCGAGUCCGUUAGGGAAUGCGAUAUUGCCGCCAGCGAUAACGCCUAAUGAUGACUUCAGUAGUUCGGCUGCGGCGAGUCCCUUGCAAAGGAUGGCGUCGAUAACGAACAGUCUGAUCUCUCAGCCGACCAACCCGCCGCACCACGCGCCGCCACAGCGCUCGAUGAAGGCGGUGCUUCCUCCGAUAACGCAACAGCAGUUCGAUCUAUUCAACAAUUUGAACACGGAGGAUAUCGUGCGGAGAGUGAAGGAAGCGUUGAGUCAGUAUUCGAUCAGUCAGAGGUUGUUCGGGGAGUCUGUGUUGGGGUUGUCACAAGGGUCGGUGAGCGACCUGCUGGCGCGGCCGAAGCCCUGGCACAUGCUGACGCAGAAGGGCCGGGAGCCCUUUAUCCGCAUGAAGAUGUUCCUGGAGGACGACAACGCUGUGCACAAGCUGGUCGCGUCGCAGUACAAAAUCGCACCUGAAAAACUGAUGAGGACCGGGAACUAUAGCGGAGCGCCUCCGUGUCCGCCCAACAUGAGCAAGCCGAUGCCGCCGGCGCAGAAGAUGCUGUCGGACGCCAGUUCGCUGCUCAGCAAGAUGCAGCAGGAGCAGCUGCUGGGCGCGCCGCACCUGGCGCACCUCGCGCCCGCCCCGCUGCUGCUGACGCCGCCCGGCUUCCCCCCGCACCACGCCGUCACCCUCCCCUCGCAGCACCACGACAACAACAACAAGGAACGUAAACCGCCGCCCCCCACACCCCCGCACCAACAUCAAGUGAUGCGCAACCUGCACCAACACAUGUCCCCCAGCGUCUACGAAAUGGCCGCCCUGACCCAGGACCUCGAUACCCAGACGAUCACGACGAAAAUCAAGGAAGCCCUCCUCGCGAACAACAUUGGUCAGAAAAUCUUUGGCGAAGCGGUCCUCGGAUUGUCCCAGGGAUCUGUCAGUGAGUUGCUAUCGAAACCGAAACCCUGGCACAUGCUCAGCAUCAAAGGCCGAGAGCCGUUCAUCAGGAUGCAGUUGUGGUUGAGUGACGCUCACAAUAUUGACCGUCUUCAAGCGCUCAAGAACGAGAGGCGUGAAGCUAACAAAAGACGACGGUCAAGCGGACCAGGACAGGACAACUCCUCAGACACGUCAUCCAACGACACGUCGGAGUUCUACCACUCGAGUUCUCCAGGACCGACAUCUGGUGUUCCUUCAGCGAAGAAACAAAGGGUGCUGUUUUCUGAAGAACAGAAAGAGGCAUUAAGACUCGCGUUUGCGCUCGAUCCCUACCCCAACAUGCCUACGAUAGAAUUCCUAGCAGGAGAACUAGGUCUGUCGACGAGAACAAUCACCAACUGGUUCCACAACCAUCGCAUGCGACUAAAACAGCAAGCGCCACAUGGUCUUCCCGCGGAACCACCGGCGAGAGAUCAAUCUACAGCGCCCUUCGAACCGGUUCAGUUCAGAUUACUGCUGAACCAGAGGCUGCUCGAACUCCAGAAGGAAAGAAUGGGUCUCGCAGGAGUCCCGUUACCGUAUCCUCCGUACUUCGCAGCGAAUACCAACCUCGCCGCGUUGAUAGGGCGCGGGUUAGUCCCUCCCGAUGAAAGAGGGAAGGACCAGAGCGGAGGUUUGGACCUGUCGAUGCCUUUAAAGCGAGAGCCUGACGGCGACGACUUCGAGGACGACGACGUGGAAAGCAACCUCGGGUCGGAAGACUCGCUGGACGACGGGGAAUCUAAGACUGAGCCCAAAGCGGCGUCGACCCCGGCCGGCGGCCGCUCCAACCGCCGGAAGCCCGCCGCGCCGCAGUGGGUCAACCCCGACUGGCAGGACGAGAAGCCCAGGAACCCCGACGAGGUCAUCAUCAACGGGGUCUGUGUCAUGAGGAGUGACGACUACAGGCGGGAGGCCGAGGAGACGGUGCGCGUGGAGCCGGCGGCGGUGGCGCGCGACGGCUCCCCCGCGGCCACCCCCCCGCCGCACACGCCCCUCACCCCUCACACGCCUCACACCCCUCACACGCCCCGAGCGUCGCACACGCCUGAAGACGUGCUCCCUGAAGACAAAAUCAAAACGGAAACAGAGGACGACAGGUGGGAGUAUUGAAGUGAGCGCGUGAAAGACGUUUAUUUAUUGUAGGCCCGGACGACGGCUUAGUUCAGUGCAAAUACUAUGUGUAGUUAGACGUGUUUGUUAAUUCUAUUGUAAGGCCAAAGACUUUGUACAUAAACCCUUCGUGAUAUGCCAGGCAUACGUCCGCCCGGACGAGAAAACCUUACGAUACAAAAAUAUGCAUUUUGCUUUAAUUUUUUUUUUUAUUUAGUGGUCGUAUCGUACCCUGAUUGGUACAAAUAUCUGAGUAUUUUUAAGUUACGGCUUUCUAUUCGAUUGUAAAUAAAUAUACCAAAAAUGCGUCGCGUUGCGCGCGCCGACUGUACAUAGUUAGAGUAGACUGUACUGUAAGUAUUCGUUGCUGGUAUCUUAGUGAUAGAAGUUCAUUUAAUUGUUAAUGAAAGUUUAAAGUGCAAUCAUAUGUAAAUUUAAGCAAUGACAUACUGGCCCCAGUUGAAAAGUAUUAUUAUGUUUAUAUGAACCGGAGAGGUUUAAAAUAUUAUUAUAAUUGGGUUAUAAGUUUUACACUUAAAUUAUGAAUGUUUAUUUUAUACUAUUGUAUGUUUUCUAUAACUAUUUUAUACGUGUCGGGGUAGCUCAAGCUUGUGAUGUCGCUUAUGUUUAACUUCCAACUUAAAAUUCCGUUAUAUUUCUUUUAAAAGCCUCUUUUUUUUUACAUUUCUAGACGACGUACAAAAAUAGCAACAAAUGGAAGGUACGAUUAAGCAAAUGAUGUAUUGCUUGUGGUUAUAGUUUUAUUUUAUUUUAGCAAUAAAUUUGCUUUUAAUAUCUUU